CGGGGCGGCGGCAGCUGCAGUGCUCCCACUGCUCCGUGCCCCCGGCGAGCCCAUGGUGCCGGGCACCGCGACCUGCCGCCACCGCGCCUGCCUGCCCGGCACGGAGCUCAGCCCGGCGCGGAGCAGAGGAGGGGCCGAUUAGCAGCCGCGGAGGAGGAGGGGGGGAUGCCGGAGAAACACAAAGCCAGCUGGGGAAGCAGCCCACGGCUCGUCCCGGGAUGGGGGCGCCGCGCUGGGUCCGCCUGAUGCUGCUGCCGCGGGUGCUCUGGGGCUCCGUCCCCUUGUUCUUCCUGCUGCUGCCCGCGGCCGAGUCCAUCUGCCCCGAGCCAUGCGACUGCCAGCAGCACCAGCACCUCCUCUGCACCAACCGGGGCCUGCGCUCCGUGCCCAAGGCUGCCGAGCCCCAGGAUGUCCUCACCUACAGCCUCGGGGGCAACUUCAUCGCCAACAUCUCUGCCUUCGACUUCCACCGCCUGGCAGGGCUCCAGCGCCUGGACCUGCAGUACAACCGGAUCCGCUCGCUGCAUCCCAAGGCCUUUGAGCGCCUGGAUCGACUGGAGGAACUCUACCUGGGCAACAACCUGCUGCCGGCUCUGGCCCCUGGAACCCUCAGCACCCUGGCUAAGCUGCGCAUCCUCUACGUGAACGCAAAUGAGAUCGGCCGCCUCAGCGCUGCCUCCUUCUCCGGCCUCAGCAGCCUUGUCAAGCUGCGGCUGGAUGGCAAUGAGCUGGGCUCGCUGGGCGACUCCACUUUCUCAGGGCUGCCGAACUUACUCUACUUGCACCUGGAGUCCAACCGCAUCCGCUGGCUGAGCCGCGGUGCCUUCACUGGCCUGGCUAAGCUGCGCUUCCUUGACCUCUCGGGGAACCAGCAGAGCUCCCUUCGCCACCCAGACAUUUUCGGGCCGCUCCGCUCCCUCCACACUCUGCUGCUGGCCAGCAACAGCCUGCAGCAGCUCACAGGGGGGCUCUUCCAGCACCUGCCCGGCUUGGCAAAGCUCUCGCUCAGUGGCAACCGCCUGGCUUCACUGGCCCCCGAUGCCUUCACUGGCCUGGGCUCACUGAAGGAGCUGCGCCUGGAGGGAAACCUGCUGAGCCACCUGCCCGCUGCCCUGCUGGAGCCGCUGAGCAGCCUGGAGGCGCUGGAUCUGAGCCGCAACGCGUUGACCUCCCUGCAUCCUGCCACCUUCGGCCACCUCGGCCGCCUGCGGGAGCUCAGCCUGCGAGACAACGCGCUGACCACCCUCCCCGGCGACCUCUUUGCCUCCAACCCGGCUCUCUACCGCCUGGAGCUGGAAGGAAACGCCUGGAGCUGCGACUGCCGCCUCCGCGGCCUCAAGCACUGGCUGGGGGCUUGGCACUCCCAGGGCCGCCUGCUGACGGUCUUCGUGCAGUGCCGCCUGCCGCCCGCCCUGGCCGGCAAGUACCUCGACUACCUGCAGGAUGCUCAGCUCGCACCGCCGCAGGACGGCGGCUCCUGCCUCGACGGUGCCUCUCCCUCCGCCGCGUCCCCGCCGCCGUCUGUCGAAGGGCUCGGCAGCAAUAGCAGCGGCGAGGGACUGCCCCGCGGGCCCCCGGGGCCGCCGCCGUCCGCCUCCACCGCUCGCCUGCUGGGGGCGCCCGAGGGCCCGGCGGCGCCGCCGAGGGCCGCGGCGGAGGCCGCCAGCCCUACGCCGCCGCUGGCCGCCCGCCCCUCGGCGUCCGGGCCGGCACCGCCCAGCGCGGCGUGGCCCCGGCGGGGAGGGAAGCUCCGCUCGGCGCCGGCUGCUGGGGUCCCACCGCUAGUGUCGGACCCGUGCGACUUCAACAAGCUGUUCCUUUGCAACCUGUCGGUGGAGACGGUGGGCUCCACCUCGGUGACGGUGCGCUGGGCCGUGCGGCCGCACCGCAGCCCCCGCCUGCUGGGACCGGCGCGGUUCCGCCUUCUGUUCGACCGCUUCGGCGCCGCCGUCAAGUUCCAGCGCUUCGUCUACCUGCCGGAGCGCGGGGAACCCGCCGCCACUCUGCGGGAGCUCCGCCCGGACACCCCCUACCUCGUCUGCGUCGAGGGCAUCCUCGGCGGCCGCGUGUGCCCGGUGGCGCCGCGGGACCACUGCGCCGGGCUGGUCACCCUGCCCGAGAGCGGGGCGGCGGCGGCGGGCGGGUCCCGGGGCCCCGACCAGCAGCUCCUCACCCUGGUGCUGCUGGCGGUGAACGCGCUGCUACUCUUCGCGGCGCUCGCCGCCUGGGCCUCCCGCCUGCUGAGGAAGAAGGUGCUCGGGCGGCGGCGGCGGAAAGCGGCCCCCGUCCACGUGCGGCACCUCUACUCCACCCGCCGGCCCCUCCGCUCGAUGGGCACCGGCGUCUCCAACGACUUCUCGGGCUUCCAGUCGCACCGGUCGCCCCGCGGCGCCGCCUGCGCCCUCAGCGAGGCCGACCUCAUCGAGUUCCCCUGCGAGCGCUUCAUGGACAGCAGCGGCGGUGGCGGCGGACGCCACGGCGACGACCACCUGCUGCAGCGGUUCGCCGACUGAGCCCGCCCAACUACCGCUCCCGGCGGGCCCCGGGCGGCGGCGGGCGGCCAGGCGCACCAGGAGCCGGCGACAAGA